AUGAUCAGCACGCUCUCAAAAAGGUUAUCGGGGGCUCUCAUUCGCAGGACCACCCCUUCUCCCCAGCUUUCUGCUCUCAGCUCCGCCUCCCGCUUGCGCUUCCAGCGCAUCCACAGCAGCUCCCAGCAAAAAGCGCUCGCCGCCGAAGCCGCAGCUUCUGCCUCGGUAUCCCCUGCCUUCAACCCGUUCACGGCUCCUCUUAUCUCUCGACCUCAGCAAUACACCAGGACAAUGCCGUCCAAGUCGCCUUAUGCUCGUGACUACGGAGAUUUCAAGCUCGUUCAGAGCUUGGAUCUGACGUACGCUCCGGUCACCGUUUCCAAGUGGCGUAGCGAGAAGACUGGUCUGACUGUUACGCUCGGCAACCACUCUUCGCCACUCACCCGUGGCUACUUUGUUAUUGCCUCGGAGAUCUUUGACGACACUGGACGGCCGCACACCCUCGAGCACCUGGUGUUCAUGGGCUCGAAGUCUUACCCCUACAAGGGUGUCCUCGACCACCUCGCGAACCGCGCUGGUUCCAACGGCACGAAUGCUUGGACUGCCAACGACCACACCGCGUACACGAUCACGACGGCGGGAACUAAGGGUUUCCUGAACAUGCUGCCUGUGUACGUCGACCACAUUCUGCACCCCACCAUGACGGACGCGAGCUUCGUUACAGAGAUUCACCACAUCAACGGCGAGGGCGAGGAUGCCGGUGUCGUGUACUCGGAGAUGCAGGGUCGUGAGAACACGAGUUACGACCAGAUGGCGCUGAAGCACCAGCGCGCCCUCUACCCCGAGACCUCUGCCUACCGGUCCGAGACCGGCGGCCUGCUGAAGAUGCUUCGUAUCCUUACCGCGCAGCAGAUCCGCGACUACCACGGCAAGUACUACCAGCCCUACAACCUGAACCUCCACAUCGAUGGCGCCGUCAACGUUGACGAGCUCUUUGACGUCCUGAACAGCAAGGUUGAGCCGAUGAUUCUCGAGCAGAAGAAGAACCAGAAGGAGAUCAUCCCCUCCGACUGGAAGCGUCCAUUCGUUGAGACGAGCACCGCCGAGCCUGUCAAGCUGCCCGAGUCCAAGACCCAGGUCGCCGAGUUCAUGGAGACGGACGAGUCGAUGGGAGAGGUCAUGUCGGUGUGGCUCGGCCCGCAGCCGAACGACUACACUACCAAGACCGCUCUCGGUGUCCUUGGUUCGUACCUGACCUACUCUGCCACCGCUCCCCUGCGCAAGGAGUUUGUUGAGAUUCCCGAGCCGCUGGCGUCCAGCAUCAGCGUCUUCCCCGACUCGAAGGUCAACCAGUGCGAGCUCUGGAUGUACGCCGGUGACGUCCCCAAGAAGCACUUGAUGGACAUGGCCGAGCUCGUCCGCUCCAAGAUGCAGAAGAUUGUCAAGGAGGAGGGCAUCGACAUGCAGCGCAUGGUUAUGAUCCUUGCGCGUGAGCGCCGCUCGCUCCUCAACGAGAUGGAGCUCGGUACGUCAAACAUCCUGAUGGAGACGACGAUCACCGACUUCCUCUACGGCGACAAGGACGGCAAGGACAUGCCUGCUGCCUUCGAGGAGCUGACGACGUUCGACGAGCUGUCGAAGUGGACUGCCGACCAGUGGGCUGCCCUUCUCGACAAGUACUACGCGUCGGCCCCCUCGAUCACGACGAUCGGCAAGCCCUCGGCCAAGAUGGCCAAGGAGAUUGAGGAGACUGAGAAGGAGCGUGUUUCGAAACAGCGCGAGGAUCUCGGCGAGUCUGGCUUGAAGAAGGCGCAGGCUGAGCUUGAGGCCGCGAAGGAGGAGAGCGACCGACCGAUCCCGCCGGAGGUUCUCACGAGCUUCCCCGUCGUCGACCCGAAGGACCUCACCUGGGUGCCUGUCGAGACCGCCCUCAACCCCGCUCCUGGGGACAAGAUCUCGGCCGACAACGCCAAGGUGCAGCAGUACAUCGAUGCCGACGGCGCGCCGCUCCCGUACCAGGUCUACUUCUCGUCUGUUGCCUCGAACUUUGUCACGAUCAACGUUCUCUUCGACGCCGCCCGCCUGCCCUCGCACCUGAUGCCCUACAUGGGUCUGUUCCAGGGCACUCUGUUCCAGUCGGACGUGAAGCGCGCGGACGGCACGACCAUGUCGCACGAGGAGGUCGUCAACGCGAUCAACGAGCUCACCGUCGACCAGCACUCGAGCUUCUCCUUCCGCCGUGCGUUCCAGGAGAAUCUCUGUGUGUCGAUCAAGGUCGAGGCUGAGCGCUACGGCGAGGCGGUCGCGUGGCUGCGGGAUGUCCUCGCCGGCGCCGUCUUCACCAAGGAGCGUCUCGAGGUUAUUGUUGCCAAGCGCCUGCAGUCACUUCCGGGGCAGAAGCGCGACGGCCAGCUCGUGGCCGCGAGCUACGCCAACAAACUUGCGUUCGACCCUGCCAAGUCGCCGUCCGAGGCCAAGGGUCUGCUGACGCAGCUGCACUUCCUCCCCCAGCUUGCCGAGCAGCUCAAGACCGAGCCCGAGGCGGUCGUCAGCGCCAUGAACGAGCUGCGCGCCGCCCUCCUCGACCCGACGGCGAUGCGUGUCUCCGUCUUCGGCAACAUCCCCAACCUGCCCAAGCCGCGCAGCACGCUGCGCGAGAACUUCCUCCCGAUUGCGGAGGGCAAGCCGCUGCACGCGCUCUCGACGUCGGCGCAGACGCUGACGCCGCUCGGCGAGAACCCGUCGCGCAAGAUGAGCCUCGUGUCCAUGGCCGCGAUCGAGGGCUCGUACUCGUGCCACUACGCCCUGGGCCCGAAGGGCUGGGACCACCCGGACCUCGCGGCGCUGAUCCUGGCGACCAGCGUGCUGAACACGAUGGAGAGCUACCUGUGGAAGUCUAUCCGCGGGUCUGGGCUCGCGUACGGCGCCGACGUGCAGGUCGACCCCGAGGCGGGCCAGGUCGAGUUCACCGUGUACCGCUCGCCGAAUGCGUGCAUCGCCUUCCGCGAGGCGGGCAAGGUGCUCCGCUCCCUUGCUUCGGGCGAGACCGAGCUCGACACGAACAUUGUCGACGGCUCCCGCGCAUCCCUCAUCUACUCGUACGCCGGGAAGAGCGAGACCGUCGCCGCUGCCGCGUCCACGGCCUACGUUGACCAGGCCCUCAAGGAGGUCGGCAAGGACCACAGCCAGCGCAUGCUCGCCAAGCUGCCGUCCAUCACGGACGACGACGUCCGCCGCGUCAUCAACCAGUACUUCGUCCCCCUCUUUGACCCCGCUACUUCCAUCGGCGCCGUCUCCACGAACGCGGGCAAGGCCGACGAGGUCGAGCAGGGCUUCAAGGAGCUCGGUUAUGAUGUCAGCCGCGAGGAGCUCCCCGAGCUCAGCAACGAGGACGAGUACAGCGGCUCCGAGUCUGGCUCGGACUCGGGUUCCGAGUCUGGCUCCUCCGACGGCGAGCCCAUGGAGGACGUCCGCAGUCCCUAG